AUGAGAUAACAAUUAGAAAAAAAGAUUAGAGAAACAUCAAUAGAUUUUCGCAAGUCUGAUAUAAAAUUAUUGUUAGAUUUUUUGUAAUAGAAAAAAGCUCAUCUUGAAAUCUAAACUGAAAAAGAGUUUUCAAUUAGAUAACUCUAAAUUAACAAUGAGCUGCCUAAUGAAAUAGUAGAACUUCUAUAAAUUAAAGUUUAUGACAAAAUACAAAACAUAAAAAAAUGCUUAGAAAUUUUUUUAACUGAUUAUGUUGAAGAGCUUGUUGACCAAUUAAAAAAAUAUGCUGAUAUAUUCUCACGCUUAUUUAGUCCGAAUUUUAUUCUUAAAGUGUUUGAUUCUUAUUACUUAGAUGAAGACAAAAUAUUUUAUGUCAUAGAAUAUGAAGACUUCGAUUUUAGCGAUUUUUGCUGGUCUAACUUAUCAAUAUUAUGUGAUGCAGUUAAAUUCAUCAAAUAAUUUAUCUCAUAUAAUUAAUGUAUUUCUUAAGUUGGAGAUUAUAAUUUUUAAUUAGCUUAAAUCUAAAUUGUAUAUUAAAAGUAAGAAAACUAGUAAUUUUAAACCAAAUUAAAUGUAGUAAAUCCUAUUUUAUUCAAUAAAGUGAGCAUGCGUAGAAAUGAUAAAUAAAAAAUAAAUAAAAAUCCUUAAUAUAAAUUAGAAUAUAGUUUAAAAUAAUAAAUUUAACUCUUCAAUUAAGAUUAAAAUUUAAUGAUGAGUUUAAUAGAAAAAAGUUAAUAGAAAGCAGUUAUGUCUAAUUUAGAAAUAAUUAAAUCUCAUGUUUUCGAUAAUUUAAACGUAGUUGAGGAUUAUUUUGAAUUUUAUUUUGAGGAUAAUUUUUUUGCUUAUUUCUAAUAAAAUAAACUUAAAAAAUGUGGUUUUAAUAUUGUAUGCCAUAAGUUUGAUAAGGAAGAUGAAGCAAGACAAAUAUACCAAAAAGUAUAAGAAGCUAUUUCAAUAUGUAACUAAUCAAAGACAUUAAUUACUCCAGUUAUAAAUAGCUAAAUUAUUUCAAAUAGUCAAGGUUUUUACAUUUUAUCAAAAUUAAACAAUUUGAACCAGUACAGAAAGCUAAAUAAUUGCAACUUUGCUUAAAUAGAUGAAAUUUAAGAUAUAUUAAAUAAUUUUAUUCUUUUAGCUAAGCUUAAAAUAAACUGUUAAAUCUACUAUGAUUUUUAAUAAAAAAAAUUAACAAUCGAUAGCUGUUUCUAUUUUAGGGAAUUUCCAAUCAACAGAAGUAGUAUAAAAAAGGAUAAAAAUAAUUUUACUUCACAAUAUGGAAAUUUAAUUAAUCAAGCUGCUGAUGUUAUUCGGCAAAACGUUGUUACUUUUGAUAUAAAAAUUUAGGAUUCUAUUUAAAAAAAGCUUCUAGACUACUUCUAUUCAUUAGAAAAAGGUGAUUGGCUUGCUAGUGAAUAAAAAAUUAAUAAAAUUAAUUUAUUCUUUGACCAAUUAAAAAGCCUUAAUUGCUAAUUUAAAAAAGAAAAUGGAAUUAGUUUUAAGCCAAUGUUUUUAUAGAGUGGAUAAGCUCUAUAAAUAGAUGAAAUUAAAAUAGAAUAGUUUAUGAAGCUCAUUGAUGUUUUAAAAUAAUCUUCAUUUGAUAUCAAAUUAUUUGACUUAAAAUCUUGCUGUAGACUAAUGGAAAGCUUUAUAUUUAGAAAUUAAAAGCCUCUGAAAAAACCAACAAAGAUACUUAUAGAGGAUAUGUUUGUUGAUGAUUCUAUUUUAAAGAAUUUUCCAAAUUAUCCUAUUAACUACAUUUAACUAAUCAAAACAUAGAAUGAAAAUAAGUAUUGCUAACUAUUAUCUAACUCCAUAAAUAUUUAAAAUAAUAGCACAUUUAGUAAUGAAAAUGGAGAUAAUCAAAGCUUCAUCAAGCCUUUAAAUCAAGGAAUGUUUAGUGGUUAAUAAAAUUAAUCUUUAUUUAAUAAUCCUUCUUAGCCACUAUUUAGCUCCAUGACUAAUUAAAAUACUAAAAGUGUUUUUAGCAAUUAAAAUGGAGAUAAUAAAAGUUCUAUCCGGCCUUUAAAUCAAGGAAUCUUUAGUAAUUUAAAAGAUUUACCAUUGUUCAAUAACAAAAAUCCUGAUUAAUCUUUAUUAAGCUCUGUUACCAAUCAAAAUAGCAGUAUAUUCAGUAAUUAAAAUGGAGAAAACAAAAGUACAAUCAAGUAAUCAAAUGAUGGAAUAUUUAGUGGUAAAUAAAAUGAAUCCUUAUUUAAUAAUCCAUCUUAGACACUUUUUAUCAUGAAUAAUUAAAAUACUAAAAGUGCUUUUAGCAAUUAAAAUGGAGAUAAUAAAAGUUCUAUCCAGACUUUAAAUCAAGGAAUUUUUAGUGAUUAAAAAAAUUUACCAUUGUUCAAUAACAAAAAUCCUGAUUAAUCUUUAUUUAGUUCUGUUACCAGUCAAAAUAGCAGUAUAUUCAGUAAUCAAAAUGGAGAAAACAAAAGUACAAUCAAGUAAUUAAAUAAUGGCAUUUUUAGUGGUUAAUAAAAUUAAUCCUUAUUUAAUAAUCCGUUUCAGUCACUAUUUAGCUCCGUUACAAAUUAAAAUACUAAUAACGUUUUUAGCAAUUAAAAUAGGGAUAAUAAAAGUUCCAUCCUGCCUGUAAAUCAAGGAAUUUUUAGUGAUUAAAAAAAUUUACCAUUGUUUAUCAAUAACAAAAAUCCUGAUUAAUCUUUAUUUAGCUCUGUUUCCAAUCAAAAUAGCAGUAUAUUCAGUAAUCAAAAUGGAGAAAACAAAACGUUUUUAGCAAUUAAAAUUUGGAUAAUAAAAGUUCAAUCCAGCCUUUAAAUCAAGGAAUUUUUAGUGAUUUAAAAAAAUUACCAUUGUUGA